AUGCGAGGGGCGAAGAAGCGCCAGGCGCUGCCCGCCAUCGUGCUCCUGCUGUUGGCCUCGGCCCCGCUACCGCCCGGCGCCGAGGGCAGGGACGUCCCCGCCGCGGGAACCGAGCGGGGAAAGCUCCUCGACCUCCUCCUGCAAGCCCUGGACGACGACGGCCGCCCGCUGCCGCCCCGCCCGCCGCGGCGGGACCGGCUGAUCUCCCGGCGCUACAGCGGCGGCGCCCCGCCGCCCGACCCCCGCCCCGUCGCCGCUGCUGCCCCUCGGCCACCCCCGGCUGCUGCCGCCGCCCCGCCGCCUCCCCGGCUCUUCGCCUCCGCCCGUGCUGGAGAAAUUUUUCCAAGAGAUUCCAGCCUAAAAGACAAAUUCAUUAAACAUUUCACAGGGCCAGUCACAUUUUCAUCAGAGUGCAGCAAGCACUUUCAUCGACUGUAUCACAAUACAAGGGACUGCUCAACACCAGCUUAUUAUAAAAGGUGUGCAAGGUUGCUAACAAGAUUAGCAAUGAGCCCUUUGUGUACACAGUCCUAGGAUGUUUGCUAUACUUCCUACUAAGGAGAGAAUUCUGAUUUGCCAAGAAAGUGCCUUGAAAUCUUCCAGGACAGAGAAGACAUCUUUUACCUUCUUGAUUUAUGUCAUUUUGUUACUAGAUGCAUUUUAUUUUCAUAUAUUUGUUGGACAUUCCAUAUUUGUGUAAAACAUUAUUUUAUUUUAAUUUGUAAAUUUGUUGCCUAUAGUUCAGACAAGCCACUUAUUUAAAUACAUUGUAUAUAAAGAAUACUAAUAAUAUACUGAUUAAAUGUUAUAAUCAUAUGCAGGGAGUUGGGAAAAUUUUGCUGUUUCUCUUGUUCCGUUGUAUUUACAUCAUUUUGCUCAGGCUCUUACUUUCAUUAUUUGCACUAACUUGAAAUGCAGAAGUCUAUGUAACUGAAAUCUGAAUAAGUUGUGGGGAAGUUUUACUUGCCAUGGAAGAUAUUUUAUAUUAUGAAGCUUUGUUAAUAUAUAUAUUAUUGCGCAUCAGAAAAAAAAAAUGCUCAGAAAUGCACCUUGCUUUCAGGAACAACUGUAUGACUAUUCUGGAUUAUCAUCAGUUACAUUUGUACUGGCACUUAUGGAAAGAGUUGCAAAUAAUGUAAAUAUAAAGACUGGAAAACUGCAAUGCAGUUUUGAUGGAAUAAAGAAC